UUGGACGUGGCCUUUCAAUAGGGUUAGGCUGCGCAACGGGUAUAUUUACCCGGCGGCUGAGCACGCUGUUGCGUGAGGUGCUUCCCGUCUCUCGUCGUGCGUGUCUGCCUCGUUCGGAGUGAAACCUCCUCUAGUCCAGCUCCGCCUCGCCCUCAGUUUUCAGUUGACCAAAGAAAUGGUGAUGGAGAAGCCAAGUCCCCUGCUGGUUGGGCGGGAGUUCGUGAGACAGUAUUAUACUCUGCUGAAUCAAGCACCAGACUAUCUGCACAGAUUUUAUGGAAAGAAUUCUUCAUAUGUUCAUGGUGGCUUGGAUUCAAAUGGAAAACCAGCAGAUGCCGUUCACGGACAAUCUGAUAUCCACAAGAAGGUGUUGUCACUGAAUUUUAAGGAUUGCCGCACAAAGAUCCGUCAUGUGGAUGCUCAUGCCACUAUUAAUGAUGGUGUUGUUGUACAGGUCAUGGGUGAGCUGUCUAAUAACACUCAGCCAAUGAGGAGAUUCAUGCAAACUUUUGUCCUUGCUCCUGAGGGAUCAGUUGCCAACAAGUUUUAUGUCCAUAAUGACAUAUUUCGCUAUCAGGAUGAAGUUUUUGGUGAUUUGAAUGCUGAACCUCCAGAGGAAUCUGAGGAAGAGGCAGAAGAGCCUGAGGAAAGGCAACAGACUCCGGAGGCAGUUGCGGAUGAUUCAGCAGCUUACUAUGAACAGUCGGUCAGCAAUGACUUGGAGGAACAGCUAGAAGAACCGGUUGUAGAACCAGAACCGGAACCAGAAGCUGAACCUGAACAAGAGCCUGAAGUAGAAGUUCAAGAAGAAAAACCUGACCUAGUGGUAGAGGAAGCAGCUCCUGAGGAAACUAUUGAAAAGAGUCCUUCUCCAGUUCCUGCAGAUCCAACACCUGUUGUGCAAGAAGACUCUAGAACAUCUUCAUGGGCAUCUGUGACCAGUAAGAAUUUACCGCCCAGUGGAGCAGUUCCAGUAUCGGGCAUACCACCCCAUGUUGUUAAAUUGCCUACAUCACAGCCCCGUCCUGAAUCUAAGCCCGAAUCCCAAACUCCACCCCAGAGACCUCAGCGGGACCAGAGGGUGAGAGAGCAACGGACAAACAUCCCACUACAAAGAGGCCCUAGGACAAUACGGGAAGGAGAACAGGGUGACAUGGAAACCAGACGGAUUGUGAGGUACCCAGACAGUCACCAGCUCUUUGUUGGGAACCUUCCUCAUGAUGUUGAUAAAUCGGAACUAAAGGACUUCUUUCAAAAACUUGGAAACUCUCUUGCAGGCUAUGGAAACGUUGUAGAACUGCGUAUCAACAGUGGAGGAAAACUCCCUAACUUUGGAUUUGUGGUAUUUGAUGAUCCAGAACCAGUUCAGAAGAUCCUCGGCAAUAGGCCAAUCAUGUUCAGAGGAGAAGUGCGCUUGAAUGUUGAAGAGAAAAAAACACGAGCAGCCAGGGAGGGUGAUCGCCGAGACAACAGACCCCGUGGGCCUGGUGGCACCCGUGGGGGGCUGGGAGGUGGGAUUCGAGGCCCUCCACGUGGGGGAAUGUCUCAGAAACCAGGAUUUGGCACUGGAAGGGGCAUCGGGCAACGCCAGUGAUUAAUGGAUGAUGAGAGGAGACAAACCCUUCUUCCUGCAGAUUUGUGAAUUUCAGCCUUGGGUAUCUUGGAAUGUGGUCCUACCCUGUUAUAGACUGCUACGUUUGAUACAAUUUUGGCUCAUUUUGUUUGUGUUUGGUUUUGUGAUUUUUCUUCCUAGUCCUUGUCCCAGAUUCCAGCUUUGUGGAACAAUAUUUCAGGAAAAGAUGGAUUUUAGAAAGAAUUACCAAAUCCUUGCUCGCUUGCUGCAGACAUAUGGACUGGAUAUAUAUAUAUAUUUUUUUGGUACCAGUGAUUUUUUCCUAAUGGAAGUGUGGCGCUUUUCUUCUUCUUUUUUUCCUUACUGACAUGAGGUGCGCUUUAGUCAGUGGAAUUACCCUUUUUACCUGCAUGUGUUCUGGAGCCUAUAGGAAAAUCUAGCACCUGACAAACAUUUCAAGGGCAGGGAAAUCUGUACACCCCUUGGGAGGUGGGGGUCAUAGGACCUCUUCAUUCCCAGUCUGGAGAUGUUGCUGUUUGGAAAUCGACGUUACCCUUUUUUUUUUUUUUUUGUGGCGUUGUAAAAGUGGAAUAAAGGGUAUUCAUAGAAUAUUUUCUUUUGGUACACGAUCACGAAAAGGAAUUCUCACUACUGUUUUACCACUUACAAGGAUUGUGGGAUAGGUUUUAAAUGUCUAGAACUUGACUCUUUAAAACACUCUUCCUGAACUUGUAAAAAAAAAUUUUUUUUAUUGAAAUAGGGACUUUUUCAUGUUUAGUUUGUAUUUGUAUUAAAACCGAAACAAAAUUGUUGUGCCUUCUAUUUAUCUCUCAUUCCAGUCUUGGCAAAUUGUUAAAAAAAUAAAAAAAAAGUAUAGAUUUGCUUUAUUCAGUUUUGGAGUAUGUUGAAAUCUUUCAUGAGAUUUUUGACCUCUUUCUCACUGUCACAUGGUUUUAUAGUUGCACAGUUUUGUUUUUAAUAGCCUUAUAUAUUUAUGUAAUGCUUUUCAGGAGUUUCAGAGGCCCAGCUAUGUAUUGACACUGUCAUUAGCUGUGAAGUGAGUGCCUUCCACUAUUACAUGACUGUGGGAAAUGAAAUCAUAAAUCUUUAUAAUAUGCACAUGUUCAAUUUACAAAGUAUGUUGCUAUGUGUUAAGACUUAGAUUGGCUUUAAAUUGCCGCUCUAAUAAGGGGGAAACGAUAAAGUCCAAUUUCUGAUAAUACCCAUUUUUCACUGUGAUUAUAUUCAUGGCAUUGGAUAAGCUAUGAGACAUCUGUCUUUGCUGAAUGUAUAUAAAAGAAAAUAAAACAACAUUGCAGCUGUGGGAA